AUGAAACGGGUUCAGGCUCUCGUCGAGCUUGGUGCACGGCUUGCAGAACUCUCAGGGACGCUGGAGCAGACCCUAAGCGAUGUCGAGUCACGCUAUGGCAAGCUGCGCACGCUCUCUGACCUCUAUAGUUCGGGCUUCCUCCUCUACGGCUUUGCACUGUGGUGGUCGAUCUUCCUUGCGAGCUUCCUAGUGUACUCGGUGGUGCCCGUAUCGCGAACGUUUCGCACUUGCUUGUCGUUCAGUCAAAAGGUAGAGUGGAUAUCACGUGUUGUAUCGAACGUGAACGCCGUCAUCAUGGUCGUCGUGUCUUCGGGACUGCUGCAACAAACGUUCUGGUCUUUGAUCCAGGGGAAGGUGCUUGGGCGUGCCUUACCCCAUGAGGCGUCUUUCUACAUAUCGCAGGCGCUGUUGUUAUCUUAUUUCUGCUAUGAUGCUGUGCUGAUUCUCUUGUUCAUGCGGUCUAUCUCUUCACCAUGCUCAUCACUCGCGCAUCACUUAUUUUCCGCCUUAUCGAUCAUGUUCUGUUUCUAUAUUGGGGAAAAACAACCACUAGCGCUCAUCUGGGCCACUGGAAUCGCCCUCACAGAAGUAUCGACACCACUUGUGAAUGCUCGCUGGUUUCUCAGUUUCCGUUACCGCGAGCGCUGGCAGUACAAAGUCAUUGGCCUCGGGAUGUUGGUUGCUUUUGUUCUGGGCCGCGUAAUUUACAUUCCCGUCCUCGUCGCUGGUAUCGUGCUCGCUGCACCGAUGUACCUGAAUCCGGGAGAAGCGCUGUGCGCUUUCUGGCUAGGGCUAGUUGGCAGUGCGAGCUCCGUAACAAUUUGGAUAUUGAAUGUAUACUGGACGAUGCUUAUGCUGCGGGGAGCACGGAAACUCUUCAAAAGCCAGGCGCGGAAUUCGAUGACAGACCAAGCAGCGAUGUAUUCGGCGAUACGUGGGCGUCCGCCCGCUCUCGGGGACAACGAAAAUACGCAUCUGAAAACUGUUUGA